CAGAAGAUGGACUGCAGUAUGAUUUGAUUUUUGAGAUAAACAAUAGUUACAACUAUGGUGAGAUAGGCUGUAUGAUUUUUGAGAUUUGAAUAUUAUAGUGAAAAUCAUCUGUUGAGUCGAUAAUAGAUUUUUUACUCUCAAUACAUAAAAUUUCUCGUUAGAAAAUCUGCAUUAGUCUUUUUCUAUUUUCGUUAUCAUUAGAGUGUACCAAAUGAAAAUUCUUUCUUUCCUAUUAAAGUCUAUCCAAGCAAUGAAAAUAAGUGUAUCCAAAUAAUGAAAAUUCAGGGGGCAAUGGAUUUUGUGAUCUUUUUGGAAAAUCUGGUGUGAUCUUUUUCCAUUUUCCUUAUAUAAUGAAAACGUAAUAUUUUUUAAUCGAUUUUUUAUAUAAUAAAUUUUCAGGUAGUUCGACUGCGAUUCUAGAGAGAUAAUACCUCUAAAAAAUAUUUUAAGUGUUUUUUCUCACACAAAGAAUCAAACAGUUGAUAGAGCUCACAUGGAAAUUUAAAUUUUUUCUCUCAAAUUUCAGUUAGACAAAUUUCAAGUUUCUCUCUGAAAUUUCAAUUCUGUAAAUUUUAAGUUUCUUUCUCUAGAGCUCAUACCUCUCUGGGAUUUUAAAGUCCUCUGUUUUGGAACUUGAGCAACGAUUGGGGGCCUAUAGUUUCUUUCAUCUUCCACGGAAUUCGACUUGUGGGGUGCGAUCUUUCUCAACGACUCUUGUGAGCGGCAUUGGUCUUGGUGUUUUCUAUGAAUUAGGACCUUUUUCAGUUUCCCUGGGUCUCUGGUUUUUUGUAGGAGGCCUUUUAAGUUCUUUCGCAUUGGAAAAUUGAGAUAGAGAGACGUCAUUUUGGUAAGAGGAGGGGCUCCCGGUUCUUUAGGUUUUAUUUAUCGGGCAGCAUAAAGAAUCUGCACCGUUCGUAUGGAUGAAUGGUGCAGGGGCUUCAAUAGCUGAAGCCCUAUACAAACCGGAUCCUUAAUGAAAAGGAGGGUCAUAUUGGUCAUCUCUCUCUCUCUCUCUCUCGCUCUCUCCGUUUCUCCUUUGCUUCGUCGCAGAGCCUCUCUUCAUUUCUCACUUUCUCCGUCGCAGUUGCGCUCUCAUCUCUCUCGUUCUAUACCCUACUCUGCAGCAUUUCCCUCUGAAACAGCAGAGCAACUUAGCAAUCGCAGAUCGAUCACAGCACACUUGUAUUCUUUGCUACUUCAUUUUCAGACACUGAGCGAUCACGUCCCCACUUCAUUUUCAGGAUCCCAUUUGCUAGGACUGAAGAGAUAUAUUGUUGUGUGCUCAAUGAAGUCAUACAGGCUCUCUGACCUAAGUCUUAUGGAGAUAAAUAAUCUCAAAGUCCGACCCCGUAUCGAUUUCUCGUCCAUUUUCAGUACGGUUCAACCUAUAGUGGAUGAUGUAAAAAAUAGAGGCGAUGCUGCCAUCAUUGACUAUACAUCUCGUUUUGAUGGAGUUCAAUUGAACAAAAUAAUCGAGGAUGUUGCUGAUAUUCCGGAUCCUGAUCUUGAUCCCGCUGUUAAAGAAGCCUUUGAUGCGGCUUAUGACAAUAUAUAUGCAUUUCAUUUUGCACAAAGAGUUCCUGAGCAGGUUGUUGAGAACAUGAAAGGUGUAAGAUGUAAAAGGGUAGCAAGAUGCAUUGUUUCUGUGGGUCUCUAUGUCCCUGGAGGUACUGCAGUAUUACCUUCUACUGCUCUGAUGCUCUCUGUGCCUGCACAAAUUGCGGGAUGCAAAACAAUUAUUCUAGCAACUCCUCCACUGCAUGAUGGUAGUAUAUGCAAGGAGGUACUGUAUUGUGCAAAGAAAGCUGGUGUAACACAAAUAUUGAAAGCAGGGGGAGCUCAGGCUAUUUCUGCUAUGGCUUGGGGCACUGCUUCCUGUCCCAAGGUGGAAAAGAUUUUUGGCCCGGGAAACCAGUAUGUUACAGCUGCAAAAAUGAUUCUCCAGAAUAGUGAAGCCAUGGUUUCCAUUGACAUGCCUGCAGGCCCGUCAGAAGUCCUGGUUAUUGCUGACAAACAUGCUAGUCCUGUACAUAUAGCUGCUGAUCUACUCUCUCAGGCAGAACAUGGUCCAGAUAGUCAAGUAGUUCUUGUGGUUGCUGGUGAGGGUGUCGAUUUGAAUUCAAUUGAGAAUGAAAUUGACAAGCAAUGCAAGAGUCUUCCACGUAGUGAUUUUGCUUCUAAGGCAUUGAAUCACAGUUUCAUUGUUUAUGCCCGAGAUAUGCUUGAGGCUAUCACAUUCUCGAACCUCUACGCACCUGAGCAUCUCAUCAUCAAUGUCCAAAAUGCAGAGAUGUGGGAAUCCUUCAUCGAGAAUGCAGGUUCUGUAUUUUUGGGGCAGUGGACUCCUGAAAGCGUUGGUGAUUAUGCGAGCGGAACAAACCAUGUGCUUCCAACUUAUGGGUAUGCGAGGAUGUAUAGUGGCGUUUCUCUGGACUCAUUCCUUAAGUAUAUAACAGUGCAGAGUUUGACUGAGGAAGGGUUAAGAAAGCUUGGGCCCUAUGUUGCUAAGAUGGCUGAGGUUGAAGGCCUUGAGGCCCAUAAGAGAGCUGUCACUCUAAGGCUUCAGGACAUAAAAGCAGCCUUUCAAUGAUAUCUAUCAAUUCAUGGUUGCCACCAAGAUUGAGAAAGAGAACAAUAGAUAGAGGGACACAAGAGAGCGUAGAGAAAGCUACUCCCGCAUAAACCCGAUCAGCUCUCCAUAAUUCCUUGAAUCUUAUGGAUCAAAGCUUCUUCAAGCAAACCCUGAGCCUCUCUCAUGAGAUCUGAGCUUAAUCUCACCGUUCAAACACAAAACUCUUAGCUCAUUCAAAGCUUCAUCACCGUCUUGUCUCCUCUAAUUUUGGCCAUUUUUUGCCAUUAUUUUGCUGGAGAAAGAAUGGGGCUCUUGAUGGUGUUGGUUGACAAAGAUGUUUGGAGAGAGGAAUUAUAGAAGAGGGAGGGUAUUUUAUUGGGUAUUUGGGCUACUUUGACCUUGAUUUGUGUAGAGAGGAAUUAUUGAGAUACUUUCCAAAAAAAAUAUUCUUGUUUGAAUUGGUGUUAUACAGAGGACUUUCAUGGAUU